CUCUCGCAAACGUUUGGAGAACGGAAGGUAGUAAUCAAUUUGUGAUCCAAAUCUAAAGUAUUUUUAAGCUCGGAAGAGAAGGAAUGGCUGUAAGUAGGAGAGAGUUAGAGGAACUGAAGCCUUGGGUGGAAGAAACUGUGGAGCGACGGCUUGGGUUUAAUGAGAAAAGUGUUGUUAACGCUGCCUUGUACUGCGUGAAGAAUAACUUGGAUAGAGUUUCAUCGCAAGAGAAGCUCUCGUCGCUUUUAGACGAUUUAGCUCCUCAGUUUGUCACAGACUUAUUUGAUAAAGUAUAUCAGCUUAAAAACAGCAAGAAUUCUACCUCUGGAAAAAGUUCUCAAGCAAAAAAGAGGACGCUAGAAGAUGUGUUUGGAGAUGACCCAGGAGAUGAUCGUAAUGAAUCUGCCGAUCUUAAGAGUAAGCGAAAACAAAGUCGGUUCGACGCUUUAAAAGAAGAUAACGUACCUCUACCCCCAGCCAUUCCUGAAACAGUAGAGAGGCCUACUCCGCUUAGUAGCAGCCAAAUUAGUGAAAUGGUGGCAAGUAUGAAAAAACAAAUUGAAGAGCGAAAGAAGCAGCUGACGGUUAUGAGACCAGUCCAGCCAGCUGCUAUUUCUACAGUUCCAGCUUCCUUCCCACCUCCAGUCCCUGGACAGAAUAUUCCUAGCAUGCAACAACAACAAGAAUUGAUGAGUGAAGCAAUAGAAAAAGCUAAAAGAGCUGCAGAACUCCAGGCUAAGAUUCAGGCACAGCUGUCAAACAAACCCAACUUGUUCUCCACUUCAGGUUUAACAAGUGCUGGGGCAAACUUGAUAAAGUCAGGUUUAAUUUCAGUGAGUGCUCUAAAGGAUGAAAGCUCCCAUCCUAGGUCCUUGAUCUUGGAUGAAUCAGGUCGAACGGUUGAUGCAUCUGGAAGGGCCAUUCAGCUGACCAGCAGAAUGCCAACACUUAAGGCUAACAUUCGUGCUAAGAAAGCAGAACAAUUUAAGAUUGAAAAACCUCCUGAAGAUUUGAAUGAAAGCAAGUAUUUUGAUCCACGGGUUGGGAUCAAGGCAGCACAGCGGAACAAAAGGGGAUUUAAGUUUCAUGACAAAGGAAAGUUUCAACAACUAGCUCAGAGAAUAAGAGCAAAGGCACAGCUUGAUAAACUUCAAAAGGAGAUUGCAGCAGCAGCUAAGAAGACAGGGAUUUCAUCAGCAACAAAACUAGCACUGAUCACGCCAAGAGAAGCCCAUGAGGAUACUGUUCCUGAUGUUGAAUGGUGGGAUUCCAACAUCUUACCAGGUGGAAAGUACAUCAGUUUAGAUGCUGUCAAUGUAGAAGAUGACAUUGCUGGAAUAACAACACUGGUUGAACAUCCAAUACAAAAACACCCUCCUGCUGAACCCAAAGAAGCUCCAUCUGUACCCAUCAUGUUAACAAAGAAGGAAAGAAAGAAGAUUCGUACUCAGAGAAGACGAGAGAUUGAAAAAGAAAAACAGGAAAAAAUAAGGCUUGGCCUUGAACCACCACCACCUCCCAAAGUUAAAAUUUCCAACCUGAUGAGAGUUUUGGGGAACGAAGCAGUACAGGACCCCACUAAAGUUGAAGCUCAUGUUCGAGCACAGAUGGCCCAAAGACAAAAGGCUCACGAAGCUGCCAACGCUGCGAGAAAACUGACUCCCCAGGCACGACGUGAGAAAACAAUCCGUAAAUUGAAGGAAGACACAUCCCUUGGUGUUCAUGUGGCGUUGUUCAGAGUAACAGAACUUAAAAAUCCUCAGAGAAAGUACAAAGUGGAUAUUAAUGCUCAGCAGCUGUACUUAACUGGGUGCGCUCUCCUGUACAAAGAUAUCAAUAUAGUCAUUGUGGAAGGAGGGCCAAAAGCUGUGAAAAAAUUCAAACGUCUAAUGUUGAGUCGAAUCAAGUGGGAAGACGAGAAAGAUUCUGAUGAUGAUGAUCACGCUGAAGAAGUAGCAAACAAAAAGACCGCUCCUUGUGUACUCGUGUGGGAGGGCACAAAUCAGGAGAGAAGCUUCAGUGACUGGAAAUUUAAGUUAUGUCCGAUGCAGUCCAUGGCGAGAGAACAUCUUAAGAAAUACGGAGUAGAACACUAUUGGGAUUUGGCUCUCAGUGAAUCGCUUUUACAGAACGCCGAUGACUGAAUAUACUGAUAACUUUGUUAAAUUUCCUUUUCCAGUCAUUUUACGGUUUGCUAGAUAGCGUGAAAGCACGGUAUCCUUUUCUAGCCGAGAAAGAGCACCAGAGUUAGCAAUGAACGAGAUUGAGAAAGAGUUGUUAAUGUCUCAGAGGAGACCUUAGUCGGAGAAUAGGUCGAGAAACUUAAAAUCAGUUGAUUAGUUUCUAAGUUUCAUUUGCCAAUCGAAAGUUGACGCGGGAACUGGCAGUCCUCUGGAACUGUGUGGUCAAAAGCUCGCUCAUUUGUUAGGAAUGGAUUUGGGUUAUCAAUUAUCAGCUAUUGUAAGCUGUUUUCUUUUAGAAAUAAACAGUGAUCUUUCAUGA